CAGCGCAUCUCUCGGGCACCUCUGCUUGAGGUGUUAAGCAGUUAGCUCAACCUGCAACCCACACGCUCCCACCCCACCCCACCCCACUUCGAUCGAUGCUAGUUCGAUCGCUGGAAUGCAGGUCCUUUGCGGGACGGGGAAUUCUUAAUACCGGCUUGGCCAAACCGAAUCCGGUUCGGCACACACGUUAGCUCGAACACCGAAGAGUCGCUGCAUACUUGUGCAACAAAGUCAACGAGAAAGCUGGAACUUCAGUUGCCGAACUGUACGAUGCCGAAUCGUGUAAGUGAAACUAGCCAUCUCAUACUGUGUUGUCGUUAAUUCGCGUGUAACGGUGGCCGUCUUUUGGCAGUGCAUAGGAAUUUCGUGCUUUCUACACGUCGCCGAUUACAUGAAACUCUAACUGGAGCUGCAACAGCCGUAGAACGAAUAGAAUCAGUACAACGACAAACAUCGCCGAAGAUCUUCGUUUCCGACCAGCGAACGACGUGUUGGGGACGGUGGCAAUCACCGACGGCGACAAGCAGUCAUCACGUCCCACCCAAGUAUUCCUGCAGCAGCUGAUCAGGCAUCUAUUUGCCGCUCAGCUCACUAUUAUCAUCACAGUGACAGCGAUCGUUAUUGGACUUCUGAUAGAGCUACGAUUGCAUGAAGUUUGGUCGCUCUACAUCUGGUGGUGGUGGAAUAUUCUGUCCAGAAACUGCCUCACUUCCAUGACAACGCCGGGCGAUCCGUCAGCGACGACUGGACCUGACAGACCGUGCGGCAUCACAGCCCUGCUCCCGAUUGGUAUGUCGUGCCGUGGCCGCGCCGAGGCCUUCGCUCGGAGCUUACAAUCACGCCUUCGGAAUCUUGGUGUGCAGGGAAGUGCCGGUGACGAUGGGGACCUUACGGCAAACGAUGAGCAGCAGCAUCAUACCGAGAACACGUGGCUAUCGGCAACUUCAAAUGACGAGCAGCAGACGGUCAUAACCAGCCCUCUCCAGCCCCUACGAAUUGUCCCUCAUGAGGCCGACUCUUUCUUCGACUUUGGCCUGGAAGCGGAAAGUCCUAGCUCGCCAGUCGAAGAAUGCGAAUAUAUGAGACUGAUCGAAACAGCAUCGGCCACACCCACAGGACACCCAUCAGAACACGCUCCGUCGGUUGUUGAUCCUACAGCACAAGCACCCGAGUCAGGGUACGUCUGUUCUUCACCUUGCUCGACACCACAGGGGUCGGCCGCAAGCAGCCACAGCAGCUCAUCCGACUGUCAAUUCUACGAUCCGGAUAGUUCAGAUCCCGAACAGCGUUCUGUGGGAGGCUGUGAGUACUACGACUGUACGAUACCGGCGCUAAGUGCUAGCGGGUUGGUUGUUCCACGGCUGCAGACUAUUGGUGCUGUCCACGCUUACGGUUCAGCAACGAUAGGGACAGACUCAGUGGAGGGUACAGGGGCUAAGUCUACCGCCGACACACGAAACGAUGUAACUUCAUCUACCUCACCAUACAAUCCAUUCACUAGUCAAAUCGUUGGCCACCGAGCUUACAGCGCCAACGGACAUGUAACCACAGGUUUCUCCGCCAGCAACGUCGACAGUGACAGCUGUUCAGAGUCACUUCCGCCGUCACAAUCAACGGAAUCUAAUAACUCCACCUUUACGGGACUAAGUUCGAACUCCAACAGCACGCUACAGGACGUGACCAUGGAACCGCUCGAGGAAGCACAAUCGGAUUGCCCUGGCACUUCAUCGCAGGAACAACACACAGGGACGGACGUACCGGAUGGAGGCAUACGCCAUGUCGGUAACGGUCAUGCUAUUAUGCCACGUGGAACGAUCAUAAACGCUGAUACCGAGAUUGAGCUAAUGGCAAGCGGGUUGAAGUACGUUGAACAGAAGAGGUCUGAUGCAGCUCAUCAGUAUAGUGAUGGGAAUGGGCAGCCGGGGGCUCCGUGUGCUGUUAUUCAGAUUGCGGAAGUUGAGAAAAUUCUUAAAGAUUGCACCAUUAGCGAUCGAUCGUAUGAGCGAACAAACUCAAACGAUGAUGGCGUGCAGGAAAAUAAGAGUGAAACGAAAUACGAUCGUCGAUCGGGCCUUUCUUCGGGUGAUGAAGAUGAAGAGGAAUCGAAACCACAGCGCAUUAGACGCAGUUCGUCUCUCAAAACGGGCAAAACUCCUCCCGGAACACCGGGCCGAAAGAAGAUAGUACGCUUUGCCGACGUUCUGGGGCUUGAUCUAACCGAUGUACGAACGUUUAUGGACGAGGUGCCGAAGGUGCCGCCUUCUGCCUUCGAGGACCUCACGAUCGUGCAGGCGACUGAACCGACCAUGCCGGAAAUUAGUCUAGGGCCGAAAGCGGACAGGGUUCUAGUGCCACUCUUUCAGCAACCUGGAGCCUUACCAUGUUUUCUCGAUCGUGUCCGCGAGAAGCAGGUAAACCUGGAGAACGCAGCCGUCACCGAUCCGAUCACAUUGACGAUCACAGGAACAGUUCGCGUGCGGAAUCUCGACUUUCACAAAUCGGUGUACGUGCGCUAUACACUCGACAACUGGCGCAGCUACUCCGAUCUGCAGGCUACAUACGCUGAAAACUCAUGUGACGGGUUCUCGGACAAGUUUACCUUCACACUUCACGGUAACUCAGUACAGGUUGGUCAGCGCAUCGAGAUGGCAAUCCGGUUUCACUGUCGGGGCGAACAAUUCUGGGACAGCAACUACGACACCAACUAUGUCUUCCAGUGUUUGCCGAUAACGCAACCAACGCCGAUAACUGCGAGCCGGCCUGUACCACUUCCGUCCUCCAUCAGUGCUGGUCACAAUCCGCUUAGUCCCGUAGGUUGGUGUAGCAGUUUCUAUUAAAUGCCCGGUCAGUGUUUUGUUGGUUCUUUGCUGACCAACAAAAGAUGUCUGAGAGAAACGGAAGCCACAUGAAAGCACCGCUAAUAUGGAAGUCGUUCAUACCAACAUUAAACCAGGCUCUACCGAGCUGAAUAUACCUUGUUCAGCGUUCGUCUAUGGGUCUUAGUAUUAUUGGAAUGUUUAAAAAUUCGCUUACGAUGAUCAUUGAGCAUCAGCGAUACUUCCAGGAGCUGCUAAAAAGAUCAUAACACAUUUGAAAGAAAAGUUACAAAACGAUGCCAAUAAUGCCGGAAAAAUGUGCAACAGUAAUCACUAAAUCGAACCCAAAACCUUUACUUGAACAAAGUCAAGUAUUGGAAUAAUCAAGAACAUUGAGCAGCAAAAAAAGAUUCAGCGAUUAUAUAUGGUUUGAUAAAGCUUUAGUAGACUAGCGAAAGUGAAAAUGUAAUGGAAUGUAGGAAAAUAGUGACUGAACUCAGGAUGAUUGUGGGCAAAUAGCAAGUAAUUGCACCGCCUGAGAAACGUAAAAAAGUAAAAGGAUUGUUAUGUUUGCGAAAAUUAUAUACGAAGAAGCAAUGUGUGACAGAUAAUUCAAAUGAAAACCAAAAAACUGAACCGAUCGACGCAGCCCAUUACUAUUUUUUUAAAUACUUAGGAAACUAACAAACGAAAACGCAAUGAAUCGACAAAUGGCUAGUGCUUUGAGCAGGACGAUGUCACAAGUGAAAAUUGAUAAUGUUUGUUUGCCCCAACGGACGGUCGUUUGUGUGUCUUAUGAUCUUGUCCCUAGAGUCUAAUAUCAUCCCAAAGUUUAGUAGUAAUAAUAAAGUUUAUGGGCGACUGUAGCAAAUAGUGCCGAUGAGCCGUCUCUCGAGAUCGAUCGUCAAGUGUAAAGAAGAGCAAUCGACAUUGUAAAACAUGAACGUGCUGUUCAACAUUAUCAUAGGGGCUGCAUGUUAGGAGCAUCGUUGGUGCACUGAAUAUUCUGUAUAAAGGACAGUUUCAUUCAGUUUAGAGUUGAAUAAAGUGGGCAUAACUUA